UUACAACUGUAGGUCCACAAAUUUUAGGAUAGGCUGCUCACUUUUUGGCUGCCGUUGUGAUCUAGAUUGGAACACAACCCUACAAGCAACUGUCGCGCGCGACGAACUCCGUUUUACGACAGUUGUUAGUCCUCGCAAAACUGAUUUUCCGACAGUGACUUGAAAGUACCACGGCGGUGAAUAAGCCUUUUUCCAUUGUCGACGCUCGUUUCGAAAACAAGUUUUAAAUUAUUACAGCAAGAGACAAUUACAUUUAAAAAAAAAUAUUCUGAACGCGUGUAUACUGGGUGUAGACCGUACGCAGAUUUUUUUAUCCAUACGAUUCUGUCGUUAGUGAAGUUGAAACUCGAGGCCCAGCGAACGGAGCAGCUCGGAAGAAAAAAGUUUUGUUAUUGUCAUGUGACGUGAUACGCAUGUGGCGAUAAAGUGUGGUUAUUCUCUCGGUCUAUUUACACACAGUUAUUUGAUUUCAGCGUACAAGUUCUAUUUUCAAAGCAUGCCUCAACCAAAAUAUAGAAAGAUCGCAGUUUUGGGGUACCGGUCAGUAGGAAAGUCCUCUCUCACUAUUCAGUUCGUGGAAGGGCAGUUUGUAGAUGCAUACGAUCCUACAAUUGAAAACACUUUUAAUAAAAUGGUGUCUGUGAAUGGACAAGACUUUAAUCUUCAGCUGGUUGACACUGCUGGACAGGAUGAGUACUCAAUUUUCCCACAGUCUCAUUCAAUGGACAUUCACGGUUAUGUUCUGGUGUACUCUGUCACCUCAAUGAAAAGCUUUGAAGUGGUUCAGGUUCUGCAUGACAAACUGCUUGACAUGGUUGGAAAAAUACAGGUGCCUACUGUUUUGGUUGGAAAUAAAAAAGACCUUCACAUGGAAAGAGUUAUUAAACCAGAAGAAGGCAAGAAGUUAGCUGACUCUUGGGGAGCUGCCUUUAUGGAAUCAUCUGCUAAGGAAAACCAGACAGCUGUAGACGUUUUUAAGCGGAUUAUUUUGGAAAUGGAGAAAGCGGACGGAAAUGCCCCGCCUGAGGAGAAGAAAUGUUGCGUGAUGUAGAUGCUGCUCUCUUUCAGAAACACACAGCAAGCUUCCUGGCCAAAGUUAAGAGUGACAUCAUCACCAGUCAGCACGAUGCAGUGUGGUGGUGGGACUGCCGUUCUAACACUCUACCCACUCCUCACAGUAGACGGGAAGAUUUAUAUAUGAAUUUAUAUGAAAUUGAGAAAAGCACCAAGAAUGGUAGGCUGUCCCAGGAAAAAAAAAAUCCCCCGAAAGGAAAACAAGUAUCUCUAGCCUCAAUUACACUACUGUUCAUUUUCAAUCAAAAUACUUAAAGGUGCGUUUAAAGUGAAUUGUAAAAGCCUCCAGUGUUUUAAUUGCACCUCUUAAAUUCAAGCUUUGUUACAAUGUUGGGCCCCAUCUAAUAACCUCUGUGCCAUAGGGAUUUGUUGAAUGAACUAUGACCUGGUCAACUCUUGCUGGAUAACAUGCCUUCAACAUAGCAUGAACAAAUGAAUCAUGACCUAUAAAUCCUUUUCAUCCAUCUAUGAUUUAAUGUGCCGAACCAUGUGCCUGAUGCGUUCUGGGUGACGUGAGUGGGGAGGUGUUAUCCUUGCCACAGCAAAUAUUGAGGCCUAAAGCAAGUGCACAUCCCCCCCCCCCCCCCCCAGGUUAAACUGAAUUUUUUAUUCACCCUUGUAUUAUUAUUGUCUCUACAUAUGAUUAGAGAUGUGGGUUUUUUAAACAAUUGUGUUUGUCAUUUUGGUCUAGUAUACUUCUGGUUCAUGCUACAGCAACUGUGUAUGUAGGAUUUAUAAGAAAUUUAGUUAUAUGUGGUGCAGUCAAUAUACCAAAGCCAGUGAUCACCAUGAAAAUGGUUUUUAAACAAAUACUUUGACUUUUAUGCCCCAGGAAUAAUGUAGUUGGUUUGUUUUUGCUUUUGAGGUGAAGCGAUUAAUCAGGUUUUAUGGCAUGGUAUAGGAUAAAUUAAGAGUUGAUUAGUUGUUUAGUUUCAGAUCAGGCAUAAACUUCAUCAUUGUACAGCAAAGUCUGAAAAAUAACAUAUCACCUGAACGUAAUCUGCUGAAAUUUGAAAAUUCAACAAAAUCAUAGAACCCGAUGCUUCAGAAAUGAAUAAUUUCUUGAAUAUUUUUUUUUAAUAAAUUCAAAUAUGUCAGAACAUGUAGUUCUCCAUUAAGAACCAUUUAAAAGCAAAGAAUUUGUUCUGGGAGAAAGUUAGUUCAAAGCAGCUGGAAAAUAAGCCAACAGUAAGUUAGCAGUAACAUAAUGUUGCUGUUUGGAAAGAGAAAGCCCUAACACCUGAGGUGGAGGUGGGGAUGCUCAUUUAAAUUCAAAGGCAAUGCUGUCAAAACCAUAAUAUCAAAUAUCAAAUACAAGUGCAAUUGUUAUUAAUUAGCAACUGUAUUAACAGUCUGAUAAUAAAAUACCACAGUGUUAUAGAUUGAAACAUUUUCCAUGUUGAUAUGAUGUUUUCCAUAGAAAUUUCCUAGCAUGUUUAUUUAUUGGUGUCAUAAGUUUUCAGGUAUGUGGUCUGAGAAAGUCUUCAGCACAUUUAUGGAUCUACAAAGCACAUUGUUUACUGGACUAAUGGAAUUGGAUUGGUCUUCUUGAUUGGUUUGAUUUAACUUCAGAUUAGCAAUAUUGUGGAAAUCCUGCAUAUUGAAAACUAAAAUAUUUUAUGCUUAGCUCUUUGCUUUAAUUCUGAGCUGUUUUUCUCCAUAGUAGGGAAACUUGAUUGUGUCCUUUUCGGGGUGCUGAAGGGGGGCAUUGUUGUCUUUAUUUUGAUUAGGGGGGAUAACUGAUAAUUUAAGAAAGAUGCUGUGUUAAGUGCCUUUACCCCGAAACCACCUUUGGUCUGUGCUCAUGUCCAAGCAGUGAACCUUUUGUCCUGUAUUCCUUAUGCAGUGUAACAUCAAAACUCCAUACUCAACUCAUCCAGCAUCAGAUUGCAACAUUUAUUCAUCUUAUUCAGGCUAGUAGCUUAGUGCUACAUCGAUCACGUGGUCUUGGGUGCACAUGUCAAGAUGGGUAUAAAAUUACAUGACAUAAUAGGUUAUUUUAAAAUCAAUCAUAAUCUUUUAGCAAAAAAUGGCUAUUUCUGGAAGUCAGCAUGAUAACAGACAAAGCUUGGCAGCAUACAACUAAGCAGGUAGUUACCCUUAGAUUACUGUUAGAGGGAGGAAAGUCACCAGCAUCCUUUCGGUUAUAAAAUAUUCAGACACAUUAAAAUUCCUUCAAGUUCAUGGUGCUCUUUAAGGGUUCUUUUCAAUGUCACCUAAAGUUUGUAUUUAUGGGGAAUCCUCUUGUGAUAUGCCCCUCAACUUCUGAGUCUGUGCUGUGGGGGUCAUAAUUAAUUCAGAAAAUCUUGCUGUAAACAAUUUUGUAUAUACAAAUAAAAUCUUUACUCCUUUAAA